UUAAUUGUACAUUUUAAGCACAAUAUGUAUAUGUAUAAUCUGCUUUUAGUAGUAAUAGUUUUUACCUCCUAUACAAAAUCCUUUAAUUAUACAAGCUGUGAUCACGCAAAGCAGCCAAAGUUUCUGAGCUCAUGCUGUGAUGUUCAAAAAAACGACAAGGCCAUCAAAUCGUGUCGUAAGUCCUUGCUGAGCAAUAAUUCAACCAAUUUGAAUGGGACAGUGAGCAAUUUGAAGUCGGAUAAAGUGGCUCUGCAUGCGUGCAUCGCGGAAUGUUCCUUCAGGACCAAUGGCUUCUUGCUGAGCAAUGGAAGUGUUAAUACCCAGGCAUUACAGAAGAGUUACCAGCAACGCUACAAUAACGAUCCAAACAUGUCUCAACUGGUGCUGAAGAGCCUCAAUAGUUGCACGGACUACGCUAGGAAGCGGGUUCAGCAGUUCCAGUGGAUGCCCAAAAAGGGCGACUGCGACUUUUAUCCUGCCACCUUGUUGGCCUGCAUCAUGGAACAGGUGUACAUCAACUGCCCGAUCAGCAAAUGGAAAAACACCAGCGAUUGCGCAGCGAUGCGGAAAUAUUUGGUUGCCUGUGAUGAUGUGGAUAGGAAGAAAUAA